AUGAUAAUAGGAUACAACGAUGACUUUUUUUAUUUUAGGAUAGUAAAGAAAAAUGGUUCAGUUUCAAAUUUUAGAAUUCCAGAGAUUUAUACAGAUUUUAAAGAAAAGAAUACUAUUUCAAACUCUAUUGACUAUCAAUGCGAAAUUUUAUUACAAUCAAAUAUAUUAUUGGAUAUUUGUAAUGAAUUUAAAGCUUUUAAAGAAGAAACUUUAAUUAUUCAAACAGACAGAACCUCAGUUGCAUUUAAAAUUAAAGAUCCUUUGGUUUAUGCAGAAACCAUAUUAGAGAAUAAGAAAACAAAUGAUUUUUAUAUAUCAAAUAAAAAUAAUUUAAAUUUAGAAUUUAAAGUAAAAUAUUUUUUAAAUAUAGGUACUAUUGUAAAAAAGAUUAAUAUCAAUGAAUGCCUAUUACAAAUUGGUCAAAAUCUUCCACUCUCUUUAGUUUUCUCAAUUAGUUCCGAAAGCUCCUUUCAGUUUUAUUUAGCACCACUUUUAACCAAUUAA